AUGCGGAACAUUCACGUUCAUCCAGUGCUUAAUGUCGCCUCAAUUGUUCGAAUCUAUCUAUCUAUCUAUCUAUCUAUCUAUCUAAAAAGUCUUAACAUAUUAUCAUUUUAUAUACAGAAAUACUUAGUAGCUUCCGGUAACUUCAGUCGUUAUUCGAGUCCAAUUAUAAGACAGGAUUUUGAAUUCCGUUCAAGAAAAAUGAAUACGAACUUGAUAUCUAUCUAUCUAUCUAUCUAUCUAUCUAUCUAUCUAUCUAUCUAUCUAUCUAUCUAUCUAUCUAUCUCAUUCUGUUCAUUAUCUAUCUAUCUAUCUAUCUAUCUAUCUCAUUUUGUUCACUAUCUAUCUAUCUAUCUAUCUAUCUAUGUUAGUGCAAUAUUUCAAUUCUCAUCAGUAUGGUCAGAGACACGCUCGAGGUUUUAUAAUAUAUAUCUAUCUAUCUAUCUAUCUAUCUAUCUAUCUAUCUAUCUAUCUAUCUUUUACGAAAUCAUACUCUGGCUUGAAAAGUCAUUUCCGCUUCCCACAGCAGAAAUACUCUACGGCAUGUUGUAUCCGGGGAUAACAAUCAGCUUGUCUGUGGCAUUUCAUAUUUGUUAG